CUCGGUAACUGGGCUGCAGGCCCGCGGCUGCGGAGUGCGCAGGCGCGCCUCGGUGGCCGCGGUCCUGGCCUUCUAGAGCCGGAGCGGAACGCGGAGCUGCGGAGGCAGCCAUGGUCGGGGCGCUGUGCGGCUGCUGGUUCCGCCUGGGCGGGGCCCGCCCGCUCAUCCCGUUCGGCCCGACUGUGGUACAGACCUCCAUGAGCCGGUCCCAGGUAGCCCUGCUGGGCCUGGGUCUGCUGCUCAUUUUCCUACUGUAUGUGGGGCUGCCAGGCCCCCCAGAGCAGAAUUCCUGGUUCUGGGGAGACCCCAAUGUCACUGUCCUGGCUGGUCUUACUCCUGGCAACUCCCCCAUCUUUUACCGCGAGGUGCUCCCACUCAACCCGGCCCACAGGGUGGAGGUGGUGCUGCUUCAUGGAAAGGCCUUUAACUCUCACACGUGGGAGCAGCUGGGCACACUGCAGCUACUGUCACAGAGGGGCUACCGGGCCGUGGCCCUUGACCUUCCAGGUUUUGGGAACUCGGCACCUUCAAAGGAGGCAAGCACAGAGGCAGGGCGGGCAGCAUUGCUGGAGCGGGCGCUGCAGGACCUGGAGGUACAGAAUGCCGUGUUGGUGAGCCCCUCGCUGAGUGGCCACUAUGCCCUGCCCUUCCUGAUGCGAGGCCACCACCAGCUACAUGGAUUCGUGCCCAUUGCACCCACCUCCACCCAGAACUACACCCAGGAACAAUUCUGGGCUGUGAAGACUCCAACCCUUAUCCUGUAUGGAGAGCUGGACCACAUCCUGGCUCGAGAGUCACUGCGGCACCUCCGCCACCUGCCCAACCACUCUGUGGUGAAGCUACGCAAUGCGGGCCAUGCCUGCUACCUCCACAAGCCGCAAGACUUCCACCUUGUCCUGCUUGCCUUCCUUGACCAUCUACUUUGAACUAACCCACUCCCAGGUCCCGACCUGGCCUGAGCUUGGACAGUCUGGACCACCACCCUCCCCUGACCAGGGAGACAACCUCUGGGAUUGGAGGCCAGAGGCCAGAGGGUCAGACCCAGCCAGGACUUCUCAUUUCAUCUCACAGACACAAUAAAAAAGCAUAUUUGUCCUGCCUGGGAA